GUGAUUUCGGACUGUACAUUUACAUUGUGCGCUGGGAGGUUCGUGCGCUGGUGUAAUUAUUUACGUUAAUGUACAGCAGCUGAUGUAACUACAGGUUACUAGGCUUAUCCACGAUGCCGUCAAAUGACACUGAUAAAAGGUUUGAGUCGGUUUUAAGAGACCAUCGAUUUCGUUCAAUCAAACAGAAGCAAAAGAAAGUUCAAAUUGAUGGAAGGUUCCAAUCCAUGUUCACGGACAAAAGAUUUAAAUUACAAUACGAAACUGACAAAAGGGGUAAGCCAAUCCACCAAGCCUCGUCUGAGAAUUUAAAGAAAUAUUAUCGACUUUCAUAUGAAGAGAAAAAGAGAUUGAAAGCAGAAAGAGCACGAAAGCUGAACUGUUUAAACUCAUCACAGAGUGAAACCACAGAAACUACCAAGGUUGACGAAACAGAAAAUGAAAGUAAGGAAGAAAAAGCAGAGGAUAGUUUUAGCAGCGAGUAUGAGUCGUCAGAUGAAGACGAAGAAGAUCCUGAUCUUGCUCGUGGAGAGGGAGGAGUGGAGACGAGCUCUGACGAGGAAGAAGAUGAGUUUUAUGAAGAUCAAACCAACAUCCAGGAUCAGCAUUGGGGAGAAAUGGAUGCGGAUGCAGAUAGGAGCACAGAUAUCAGCUCAAGACUUGCUCUCUGCAAUAUGGACUGGGAUCGAAUCAGGGCAACAGACCUCUUUGUAUUGUUUGAUUCAUUUAAACCGGUAAACGGAAAAAUCAAGUCGGUUUCAAUUUACCCGUCCGAGUAUGGCCUUCAAAGAUUAGCGGAAGAGGUUCAAAGAGGACCUGCCGAACUACGAAAAGAUGACUCUGAUGAAGACACUGAAGACAAAGAUGUGAAGAUUUUAAACAAUAAAGAGGGAAGCAAGUUCCAGGCUGAAAAACUGAGACAGUAUCAAAUUAAUCGGCUUAAGUAUUAUUAUGCUGUGAUUGAAUGCGACAGUAAAGAAACAGCAGAUGCUCUUUAUCAGGAUUGCGAUGGUCUUGAAUAUGAAACAAGUUCAACCAAGUUAGAUCUUCGGUUUAUACCAGAUGAAACAACUUUUGAUGAACACCCACCUAAAGACAUGGCAAACUCACUUCCAGACAAGGAGCUCUUUAAACCAUCUGAGUUUAUUACCAAAGCACUCAACCAAGCGAAGGUUGAUUUAACAUGGGAUGAAACUGACCACAGAAGACUUGCAGUCACCAUGAGAAGAUUUAACGAAGAUGAAAUUGCGGACAUGGAUGUGAAGGACUUUCUAGCAUCAUCUAGUGGUUCAGAUGAAGAGGAAAAUGAAACAAAACCAAAACAUUUUGGUAUAUCAUCAAGAACAACAGAUGAGGAUCAGAUAAUGAGAUACCGGAGUUUGCUCCUUGAUAACGAUGAUGCGGAUGACAAGAAAGAUGACGUUGAUAUGGAAGUUACUUGGGAACCAGAUUUACUUUCGAAACCAGAUGUGGAAGAAGAAGGUAGUGAAAAUGAAGAGAAAGAGAAUGAAGAUAAAGAGUCUGAGGAGGACUCUGUUGAUGCGGAAGAGCCAUCUUUGAAGAGUAAAAAGAAGAAGUUUGGUAAAAAGCGUGAUCAGGAAGAGACAGAAGAUGAUCGGAAGAGGAAAGCAGAGCUUGAGAUGUUGAUGUUGGAUGAAGAGGACUUAAAGAAACAUUUUAACAUGGAUGAGAUUGAGAAACAGGAGCAGAGGUCGAAAAAAUCCAAGAAGAGGCAUCAGAAUGAUGACCAAAAAGAAGAUAACUUUAAAAUCGAUGUAGAUGACAGAAGGUUUUCAGCACUGUAUACAACACCUGCAUUCGCUCUUGACCCAAAUAAUCCUUCAUUUCGUAAAACAAAAGCCAUGAAAGAAUUACUCAAUGAGCGCCAGACCAGAGUCCAAAAGAAAAAUGAAGAGGAGCAUUUCACAUCUAAGGAGAUUCCUACAUCUGAAGAGACUGUGUUAAAAUCUACAGACUCUUCUAUUCCUAGUCUAGUUAAUGCGAUAAAAGCGAAAACCAAGAGUCGGUUUGCAAAGAAGAAAACAAUAGGUUUAUUAAAUAAGAAGAAAAACUGAUGUUGAUUUAAUAGCAAAUUUUAAUUUAACAUCUACAAAGAAAAUGUGUAUUAUUGAAAGUAAAAUUUGUCAUUGGAUCAGCUAGCUGACACGGUGCAUUUAUUUUUUAUACUACUUUUAACAUGCUUUAACAGUUGCACCAAUGAAGCAGGUGUAACUCCUUGAA